UUUUUUAAAUUAUUUGUCAGCUUAAAUGUUAUUCUAAUGCUUUCUCGUUAUUGGCCAUUCCCAAUUGCCGAUAUUGAGGCAAUUGGUAUGUCUCAUAAUGGUAAUCAUCACAACUUACUUCUAGAUAGUAAUGGAACUGAUUGUCCAAACGGAACUAAAUGGAUUUUAAAUGUUUUUGGUGAUUGUGUUGACAGUUCGUUAAAGAUGUUGGGAUUUUCAGUUGGUGUAAUUUCACUCUUCCUUUGGCUAGUUCCUCUCUUUCCCCAACUCUAUGAAAAUUAUAAACAAAAAAGAUGUGAAGGACUUUCAAUAUUCUUUUUAAUGUUCUGGCUUAUUGGCGAUACAUGUAAUUUACUUGGUGCAUUACUUACACAUCAACAGCCACUUCAACAAUGGAUAGGCUUUUAUUAUAUUAUACAAGAUAUGGUUUUGGUUGGACAAUUCUUUUAUUAUACCCGUAUAUAUUCAAAUACUAUUGGAGCUUCAAUCCUUGGAUUUUUUGGUAUUUUCUCUUUUAUUGCUGAUCGUUCUUAUUCUUCGAAUUUGCACACGGGCAGAAGUCUUUCCUCUGAAUCUAUUCCUCUUGUUACAAGAGGUAAUCGUUUGAUGUUUCCACCUAUAUUCGAAGGAUAUAAGGAUGUGGCUGGUUAUUUAAUUGGAACUGUUGCUGCUUUUUGUUAUUUUGCUGGUAGAAUUCCUCAACUUUUACGUAAUUAUUAUAGAAAAUCUUGUGAGGGGCUUUCUUUGGCAAUGUUUUACAUAAUUGUUUUGGCAAAUUUUACAUAUGGCCUUUCUGUUUUGCUUGAAACGACUGGUUGGCGUUAUCUUUUACGGCAUCUUCCUUGGUUAGCUGGUUCUUUAGGAUGUUGUGCUUUUGAUGUUAUAAUGAUUGGCCAAAUUUAUUAUUAUAAUAAGAAGAAUUCAGCCACAACAAUUACUGAUGAAAGAGAAGAACUUCUUCAAGACGAACUUGAAGAUUAA